AUCAUCUCAUCACCAACCACAUGAAAAAUCCAGCACUACAAGCAUACAGAACGGCUUUGCGGGCGACGGCCCAGGCCUUCAAAGGAGACCUAGAGAUUAAACUAGCUGCUCGUCUGAAAAUCAGGGAAGGAAUGCACCAGCACCAAACGUUACAGUCUCCUCAGAGAGACGAAGAAAUCGACAAGCUCAACGAGGUUAGCAUGUUUCUCAAGAAAAACAUUGUUCAAGGACAAAAACAGGAUGACGGUAAGUACUUAUUGAACUUCACGAAAGAGACCGAGUUGGGAGACAACGACAGCAUAAAGCAGAGCAAACAGGAUAUGGGUAGUUUAGCAGGAAAGAAAGGAGCCAACAUCAAGAAGUGUUCCUAGGACUAGAGGUGCAGUCACCGAAUGCUACACACAAGUUACCACUGGUUCUCUUUCCAUAGUAAGUGCCGUAUAUGACAUACAAUGUAAAUAGAAUAUCCUCAUUUAAUUUCUCACAUCCACAUCCGAGAUCUCCACCAUGGCAGAAUGAGCGGUAUAUGUGCCCGACUUCCGUAUACUGGAACAUAAGUUUUGUAGUUGAAAGCACAUUACCAUUUUAAUUCUAACAGUAGGCCUUUGUAUAUUGAUCAUCUUUCUUCAUAGAGUAUUAUCAAUGAUUGCAAAUUGCU